UUCCUGUUGAGAAGACAGAAGGAUAAUUCAUUCGGCUGAGUCAACUGAGACUGUGUGGCGGAAAAGACAGGCUGAGUGCUUCAUGAUGGGAAACUUUAGGUCAUCACUGCACAGGACUUCCUCCACGCAUGAUAUAUCAAGGCUGCAUUUCUUGAUGCCGCCUUUCUGCAACUAAUGGCAUCUUUCUGCAAUAAAGUUUAAGCAAACAAGGGAUGAAGUCAGCUAAAGUGGAUGCAAAUUGAUAGAAUUCACACUUUAAACCCAUUAUCCAGUUAAUGAUUUGGCUUGAAUUCUGUAAGCUGGCGCAGGCAGACGCUUCCCACGUGUCUACCUGAAGCCGUCCGUUUUAUGGAGGCCUUGCAUAGUCGCCUGACGACUGGGGAGCAGUCCGGAGGUCAAGAACAUUGUCAACCAGAGUCUCCUCCCCCUCAGAAUAAGUCUCCCCCCCAGACUCGUCGACAACAGCAAACUGGCUCUCCGAAGCCCCAUGACACGCUACCGCAACCCAAACAGUCCAGACGACAGCAUCCUGGACGCAAACGUCUCAGGCACCAGCGGCAGAGCGUCGACUCAGAUGCAGCGCCAGAACACAAACAUGAGGCUACGAAAACAACCACAGCUUCUAGUCCAUCACCGGGCUCGCCUUCCUCAGCAGGAGGACCCAGCGAGUCCAAACCAGACAGCCAGGAGGGCACCCCAAAACAGAAACGAGAGCGCAAGCCUCAGAGACCGGGCAAAUAUGUCUGUUCGUACUGUGGCCGUGCGUGUGCAAAGCCAAGUGUGCUGCAGAAACAUAUUCGUUCCCACACGGGUGAAAGACCCUAUCCCUGCGCCCCAUGCGGCUUCUCUUUUAAGACCAAGAGUAACUUGUACAAACACCGUAAAUCGCACACCCACAGGGUGAAGGCAGGUCUGACCCUUGGGGAGCCGAGAUCUUUAGAGGAGCAGGCGACUGAAUCAGAAGAUGAAACCAGGCAAUUAUCCUCAGCAUCAACCCUUUUAGAAAGACGAGACAGCGUAGCCUCAAUCAAGAGUCAUGAAACAGACAGGGCCAAAGAUUGCACAGGAGGAAGCGAUGACUCCUUCGCAGUGAAGAAGAGACUGGCUCUGCGUCUAAGUAGAGGGAAGCAUGGUCAAAGAGACUCAUCUGAUGAAAAGACCUCAUCUCUAGUUUUAGGGAGUAAAGGCAGUACAGAGUCAGGAUAUUUCUCUCGCUCUGAAAGCACUGAGCAGACACAAGACAGUCCACCGAACACAAGUGCCAAAAGCUACGCAGAGAUCAUCCUCGGCAAGUAUGGACGUCUCGGACACCUUCAGAGGAUGUCUCGGCACCAUAACCAGCAGCCCUCUGGUCAGGAGGACAAAAGCAUCCCGUUCACAGUGCCCAAGAAGCAGGUAAUUGACCAUAUCACCAAACUUAUCACGAUCAACGAGGCGGUGGUGGACACCAGUAAAAUUGACAGUGUAAAACCAAGGAGAUUCUCACUCUCCAGGAAGAAUAGUUCAGACGCUAAAAAGAGUUCAGCUCUGAAAGAAACACUUGUUCAAAGUCCUAAAGCUGUAGAUCUGGGCUACAAAGGUGGCUCCAUAACCAUGGGAGUUCCAUGUGAGAAAUUUCAUCAUCCGAGCCUAAAAGUGGAGCAACCAGCUGGUCAAACAUCUUCCGCUCCUUUGUUGAGAAGCAACUCAAUGCCAUCUGCAGCUAGUUCGUUUGACGCCUCCAGUGGUGGACUCAGUAAAUUCCGCCUAAGUCAGUCUUUUGAUGAACGACAGCCGGUGUCCCGUCGUUAUGGGAUGCUAAGAAGGCAGCCAGCUAUUGAAAUCCCUAUUGGAGCCGAAAUAACACAAGAGGAACAUGAGGUUUCUCAUUCCCUUUUCCCUGACAGCGUCACCACUGUGCCUGACCACACGCUAAGCCAACCGCAGCCGUAUGAGUGUGAGGCCUGCGGCACCGGCUGCAAAGACUGGGAAGGUUAUAAGAAACACAAACAAAGCCUAUGCCUUGCACAUCAUCCCAGAAACGAGGUGGUCAUUAGUCAAAUGGGAUGCUCCCAGCUAAUUAACCAUGCAGUCAGAGCAGGAGCUUCAGCAAUGCGAAAGAGAAGGAAAGAAGAGAGUUUUGAAUUUGAUGAUCCCUCUUCGCCGUCAUUACCCUCUCCAGCGCUCUUGUCGGGGAAGUGUAAAGAUGAAAGCAGUUUAGCUUACGAGAGUCCAAGAAGACCUACACUACAAACCUGUUCAGUAAUCCAACAUACAAGUUCAUUUGAAAAACAGGAGUCUUUGUGCAAUGAGAAUCAAGACCCUCAUGAAGAAUAUCAACUGGUGCCUCAGAAAGAACCGUCGACCAAACAAGCAACUCGAAAGCUGGUCCGCCAACACAGUGUGCUGGUCCCAGAAAUACUGGUCACAGAGGACUCAAACAUGAGCACAGCGUCCUCAACAGAGACCUCAUCCAUAGCAAAACAUUCAGAGAAACCUGAGGAGUUUCAGUGGCCGCAGAGAAGCCCCUCUCUGGCCCAGCUCCCCAUCGAAAAGCUCCCUCCAAAGAAGAAGCGCUUACGUCUGGCUGAGAUCGCCCAAUCCUCGGGGGAAUCCAGUUUCGACUCCAUAUCCCUGCCUCGCAGCCCGAGUCAGGACAGUAGUGCAUCUUACGCAUCCAGUCGGUCCACGUCCUUUGAAGAGUCGAACAGACCAGACAUGGAGUUAGCAGGAUCAACCCCUCUGAGGAGAUCAAGAGCGGCUCAAAUGUUGAUGGUGCCCGGGGUGCACCAGCACCGAGAGAUGAGGCGUUCAGCUUCAGAGCAGGCGCCUCAUGACCCCCAACUGAGUGUCCUCAUGUCUGAGACUCGCAGUAAGUCAUUUGACUACAGUUGCCUGUCGCCUGAACGCUCUGCAGUUGGCUGGAGGGAAAGAAGGAAAUGCCUCCUUGUGAGACACACUGCUAUUAGAGAUCCAGAUGAGGAGGAGGAGGAGGAGGAAGAGCGGUGCACGAUACAGAACCAUAGUCCUGAACGCCUCAGCUCUACAACAACUUCUAAAGCAAGUCCAACUUCUACGUACAGGCCUCCUGCUUCCCCGUCAUUAGGGGAUCCAGUCCUGCGUAAUCCAGUGAGAUUACAAUGCAAAGAGAUCUUCUCCCAGUGGAAACUAAGUCAAAAUAUUCAGUUAACCGGCGGCACAGAGCUCACAUCUGUAGAUCCUGUGAACGAGGAGGUCUCGAACAUCCAAACAGAGCAACCCACGCCUCCAGCCCCACAACCGUACCCUUCACAUGCAGCAUCAGGUGCAGCCAGAGCUCGAUACCUCCCCAUGUCUACAGGACUGAAGCUAGAGAUCCCCCUUCUACAUGAGGAUUACUCAGAGGUUAGAGUUACUCCGUCCGUCCCUCUUAUAUCUUCCAGUCUAGAGUUGGUUAGGCCGGUCACGUCUCCAGCAGUAGCAGUUCGUCUCCAAACAGACACCCUCACCCUUGCAUGUGCCAUAUACACAACAUAUUCUCAACCCAGCCCCCCAAGACCCCCAGAUGCCUUUGAUUCACACAAUAUAGGCAUCCCUAAAGCUGAAUAUAGAAACCACAGGUAUGCAAGUACGGACGUUCAACUGUGGCCUGACGAUGGCCUGAGGGGAUCGGGCUCAGGGGGGAACAAACGCAUGCUUUCGCCUUCAAAUAGCAUGGAGCUUCCGUCUGAGUCUAAGCAGCAGCAGAAAAGAGUGAAAGAAGAAGAGGGGAAGGAGGUGGGAAGGGUUGACAAGGCAUCAGUGGACACGUGCAAUCAGGAACUAAAACAUCAGACAUCCAGUGUUUACACUCCCAUCACACAUGUGGGAACAUCAUACCCCAGUCUGCAGUCCGGCACCUGUAAUAGCUGGUGCUAUUUGAACUACAUUAAACCAAACCCUUCCCCUCUGGAUGAACAGAAGCCCUCAGUGUAUUCAUCCUGGUCCACGAGCGGCUAUGACCCCAACCCACCUGGCCUCUCCAGCAAGACAGCGCUCUCUCUGCUGCAGUGCAAGCAGAGGCUCAGUCCCUCCAUCUACACCUUCUCCCCCAUGACAGUCAGGACAACAGAGUCAAUGGAACAAGAGGACAACAGAAGACCAUGCUCAACUGAGGUGUACAACAGCCAGUCGUUCUGCAGAGACCGAGAGGAAACGAGGCAGCAGUCAAACGAAAAAGAGGAGCAGGAGAAGAAGAACGAUGAGGAGGAUGAGGAAGUACAGUCAUGCUCCAGAAGUCAACAACCUCCUGACGUCUGGAAAUCUGAGAGAGGGUCAAAUGAGAAGCAUCCACUCGUGCAUGGUGAUGGUGAUGGUGGAGGGAAGAAGUGCCAAAGUGAGGACAGUGGAUCCAACCUGCCAACAUGCAGCCACGGCGUCACACAAUCCCCAUCGAACACCUGUCUCAAAGACAAAGGAAGCAGCGUCGAACACCUGAGAUCUGAAGCACAUGGAGAAGAAACCGUUUGUUACCCGGACGCCAUAAAUAAAGGAGGCUGUGAAGAACGUCCUCUUCCCCCAGAUACAAGUCAAAAUAAUGAAGAUAACAAGGAUGGCCGUCGUGAUGAAGACACCAGCUCCAAAGCACCUGAAAUCCCUCACCCUGCCUCCCCUGAGGGAGAUAAACCUCACCCAGGAGGUCAGGAGAUGAAACUCGAUCAGAAAGAAUCCCCUCGGAGGAGCUCGGCCUCCGCCAUGAGGGCCGCCUUCGCCCGCAGACGAUUAGACGCAUCAACGUCCUCCGGAGAAUCUGCACGAACUAAAGAGACGUCUCCCCCUCAGAGCCUUUCUCCUCCCCCCUCCUCCCCCUCCACAUCCAGUUGUCAUGUCUCCAUCUCCACCCUAACUCCUCUAACAGUGCAGUGUCACACCCGUCUCCCCCCGAGAGACAGACCGACUACAGCGAGACAGUAUGUGGAUGAGGUUGGUCUGACCCUCACCCCCCCACAUCCCCCUCGACCCCGAGGGAACCAUAACCUCCUGAGUCACCUCCCCCUGCACUCCCAGCAGCCCGGCCGGACCCCCACCCCCCUGAUCCCCAUCGGUGGGAUCCACAUGAUCACGCCCCGCUCCACCAUGCCCCUCUACAGCCUGGAGAGCAGACCCUCAGCCGGGGCGUCUUGGAGGCUGGGGGGGUUUCCUCCGCUGCAGCGCCACGAAACUCUGGAAGGAACGCAGCGAGACCCAGAGGUGUUGGUGGGAAUACAGAGAAACACCAGAGGAGGUGUUCAACAACCGUCGAGUCCCGGGGAAGAGGCAAGACAUCCGGGUAUCGAUACGGAAAGACGUGCUGUGUUGAAGAAGACUUGAAACGACCGAUUGAGGGCUUAAACUCAUCAGGAAAAUGUUUACUGAGCCUCGGGAAACUCUUAAAGAGACGUCGGCCAGAAGCGACACCCGGGUCAAAGACGAAGAUCCGGAUGUGGACAAACAUGUGGCAGAAAGACCCGUUUACCCCGAGACCCCCAAAGGCCAAAAAGAGACUCCUUCCUCCGAGACACAACUCUUAUAGGAGGCGGAGUCUUAAAGGGACAGUGCAAAAAGACUAAAAACCAGAGUCUGGUGUAAAAAAACACGACAAAAAAGCACUUCAGCACCGCUUCUGAAUGACGCUGUUAUGUAAUUAUAUGAAUAAUAUAUAUAGACACUACGUUAGAUAUGCAGUACGUUUUGUAAAUCUUUUUUUACCCUCUGGUUUGAUGUCAUCGGUGUUAAUUUAUUUAAAGGCUAUUAUGCAAACUCUGUACUAUAUGCAAAAGCAGCUGGAAUGAAAAUAGAAGUUUUAAUCUGUUUUUUCUUAUUAACCCCUUAUAACAGCUCUGAUAUAUUAUUGCUGUGUAAAUGUACUGUAUUACCAAAAUGGAUUUAAGAAGGUACUACAAAUAUUUAUCCACCCGACCAGUAUUUUGAAGUGCAAUUUAUGUCGAGAUUGUGGUUUGAAACGUCAUUCUUAAAGGCUGUGAUUAUUAUUAUUAUUAUUAUUAUUAUUUGUCAGUUUUUAUUUGUUUGUUGUUGUCUUUGUGUUUUGAAGAAGCAGGGUUUACAAUCACCUCCUUUUCUAACGUCAGAUCAGAUCAAGCACUGAAAAAUAAUUUGAUAUCCAAAAGGAAAACCUGUUUUCACGUACAUGGUAGCUACGGUGCAGUUUCUUUUCAUAAACAGAUUACAUGUAUUUUUGUGUUAUUGCUUUUAUAAACGAUGCAAUCACUCCGUCAUUUUCAUGUUUUCCAUUAAACUUCUCAUUUUUACAGAUUUAUAUGAAAA